AUGAAGAUCCUGGCAACCAUUUCCGCCCUCGUCGCAUCAUCCGUCGCCCAAUCUGUUCUUAUACGGUCUCCCGCUCCUAACGAGACCGUCUCUCCAAAUCAAACCUUCGUGGUCGAAGUAGACAAGCCGAACUCUCUCUCCCCGUCCAUGGAUAUAUCUGUUGCCAUUGGGAUGGAGAGCUGCAACGCGGCAGGCUGCGAGGCAGUCAGCCAGGCGCAAAUGCUGGGCAAUGUGCUCUUCGCCGGAGGCUUCGACCCUGUCUUGAAGCCAGGCACUGGUGACCUAUUCCAAAACUUCACCGUGCAAGUCCCUGCAACGAUGCCAAGCGGACAGGCGAUGCUCACUGUCGCACACUUCUACCUCCUCGGGGCCGGCGCGAAUCCUGCGGUUGAGCUGGCCAACGUCACGCUUAAUUUGCAGAAUGUGCAGUAA